ACAGUUCUGAGAAGAUGUUCUCCCCAUUACAGGUGGUUUUUGUGACUCUGUCCAUGUCUUUGCUGCUUUGCAGCGUCAGUUCGGCUCCAAGAGGAGACACGCUGCUCCAGCUGCUACGUUCAGAAGUGGUUUCCAAGGAGAAUGAGCUUCAGGAUUUCUCUCGUCUGCUGUUUCUGAAGCAGCUUUCUGAGUCGGUGGCACCUGAGGAGAAAGAUGCUCUUGAAAGCUUUGAUGAUCUUGAGGCUCGUAAUGAAGUGAUUCGGCAGAUUCCCCUCUCCCAGCGGGAACGCAAAGCAGGCUGCCGGAAUUUCUACUGGAAGACCUUCACCUCUUGUUAAUCAAUCUACUUAGUUUCAAAUUUC